UGACAAGCAAGAUGUCAGUCGCAGCGGAAAAUGAGAAGCUGCGGAAGCUACUCUACCAUUCAAAGAACCAAGUUGCUCAGCUCGAGGAGGAGCUAAAAGAGCAGCAGAAGAUCAAGUACAAGAUUCAAGAGGAAAGAGAUAAGUACAGAGCCAAAAUUCUCGAAACAAAAGAUGCCAUUAAAAGAAUGGAUGAAAUCGUCGAGAUGAAGCUGGCUGAGAGGAUCCAGGAACAGGAGGACACUCACAGGAAGACCCAUGCAGAACUUCUCAGGAAGAACCAGAUGUACAGGGACCUUGAGAGAAGAUACGAUGACCUGAACCAGAAAUAUCUCAAUGCUGAUGAUAACUACAGAGAUUUACUUGAACGGAAUGAAUUUUAUGAAGGAAAUACUGGUGAGGAAGCCUUCUCCCAGAAGAUGAAGGACAUCAAACUACUUAAAGAAGACAAGAAGAAAAUGCUCGAUCAGCUGAAUGAACUCUCCGAUAAUCUUGAAGACGUGCUUGCUGAGAACAGAAUCCUCAGAAAAAUGAACAAUGUACCGGACAACUGGGGAUGUGAGCCUGAGAAGCGUAUCAUCAAGCUUCAAGAUAGAGAGACUGUCUUUGAAUACAAAAGAUUAGUGAAAAUCCUCCAGCAAGAUAACUUAAGUCUUGAGAAAGAAAGAGCCAAGCUCAAGGAACAGAUUAGACAGAUGGCACUGGAUGGAAGUCUUAAAUCAAUUGAAGAAUUGAGAGAUCUUAGCCCUGAACAAAGAAUCCAACUCUCUAAUUUCUUGAUGAGACUAAGAUCUGGAGAGACUAAUGAGGGUAAAAGUUGGUUCGAGCUCAAUGAGGAGAACAAGGCACUUACUAAAGAGUUAGAAACAAUCAAGAAUCAUGGGUAUAAAGCUAUCAGAGAACAACUUGAGAGAUUCUUCCAUGAGAACAAGGAUACCUUCUUCAGAUCACAACCAAGAGGUGAAGAUGGCAGCUCAUUAAUUGAAGAUCAGAGAAAAUUCCUUGAGGAUAUGAAGAAAGAUCACAAAAAGCAACUUUCCGGGAUGGUCAGUAAGGUAUGGGGUGAUAUGUCAAACAAGACCGCAUUUCCAAUAAGACCUAACACUGAUGGAGAGUUUGGGCCGAACAAUGACUAUGCUCCAGAUAGUGAUUACAACAGAUGGGGACCUCCUAGAAAGACAGGUCCUUCAUCAGGAUACUCUUCUAAAUUUGGCACGAAUUUGAAUAUCCCAAUUCCAGAGUCUAUCAACCCUAAGGAUGUGCCAGCUCUGCAGCUCCAGUUGAUAGAAAUGUUCACUCUCAAUGAGCGGAAGGAUAAAUCAAUCCAAGAGCUGAAAAAUGAACUUGGUAGGGCAUACACAAAGAUUAGAGAAUACCUCCUGAUGCAAGAUCAGCUCUAUUUGAACUAUGUAGAAGAGCAUCAAGAGUUCAACAAAAAGAUGAAAGAAAGAGAGGCAGAUAUGGAUAAGCUCAAGGAUGAUGUCCGUGAAAAGGAAAUCCACAACGAGAACCUUAGGAAGACCAUUAAGAAACUCAAGCUUGACCCAGAUUCAAUGUCAAAUGAGCUGGUCAACCUCCAAAAGAAAUUGGCACUUCUAGAGGUAGAGAAUUUCAAACUUGCUAAGAAAUAUGGAAUUAUCUCAGAACAGGAGAAGCAACUCAGAGAGGCUUACAGGAAGAUUGAAGAAGGGUUCACUGAAAGAGAAAGAUACGCAGCCCAAAGAAUAGCUAAGCUCAAGGAAUGGCAAGUCAAAGCCAUCAGUGAGAUGAAGUUUAUGUAUGAAAAGUUCAGAGAUGCUGUCCCACUUGGAGAAUACCAGAAUGUGUCCAAGGAAUUAUUCAUUUAUAAACAAAAGUUUGCUGAUAUGAUGGAGAAAUGCAAUAGGCAUGCAGUCACGAAUUCUCAGCUCCAGACUGAAAAUAGACACCUCCUAGCAUCAGGAGAAAAAUUGAAGCUGUAUGAAGAGAUCAGAAUAGAUGCUGAGAAUGAGCUCGAAAUUGUAAAGAGUAGGCUAGAAAUCGUAGACCCAACCUUUAAAUGGGAAAAUGCUGCCUUCAACACUAUUAUUGCAAGAAUGAAGCAAUUAAGACUUUCACCUCAGAAAGCUUUUGAGAUCUUUGAUAAAGAUCAAAAUGGAAAACUCUCAGACAAGGAGUUUAUGUCUUGUCUGUAUAAUAUGGGAAUACAAGAUUUAACCAACAAGGAGAAAGAGAUGCUCAAAAGAGCAAUAGAUCCUGAUAACAGCGGCUACAUUGACUAUAGAGAAUUCUGUAGGAAGUGCGGUCGUCACGGAGUCAUGAUUAGAUCUAAGGAAGAUGACAUUGUCUAUGUCAUUGACGAGGCUCUCAAGAAGCACAAAAUAGACCUUGACAACCUCUUUGACAUCAUGGAUAAGAAAGGAAAAGGAGUAAUCUCCAGACAUGAUUUCAAGGAUACCAUUAACAACUCCAGAGUUGAUAUCGAUGAUGCUGAUUUAGAGAGAUUCCUCAAUCUCUUCUGGAAAGGUAGAGAAGAAGGAAUCAAUUACAGAGAUUUCGUUAGGAUCUAUAACAGAUUCAAGGUCAGGUUUGAUGAAGAAGAUGAUGUUUAUCACUCGAAGAACAACAAGCCAGAGAUGACCAACGAAAUGCUCAAGAGAUGGAAAGAAGUCUUUGACAGACUUAAUAAAGUCUUUGAGAAACGAGAUAUCACUUUGAGAGAAGCCUUUGACAAAAUCGAUACUGAUGGAGGCAAAUCCAUUACAUUCCUUGAACUCAGAAACCUCUUCGACAGUACUGGUGUUGUAUGCACUGAUGAUGAACUUGAUGUUAUUUUCCAGGAAUUAGAUUUCGAUGGCUCUGGCCAGAUCACUUACAAUGAAUUUGAAACUGAGUUCAGGAGAAUAGUUGACACUCCUCUCACAACUCUUCAAGCAUUGAAUGAUCAGAAGAAGGUUAAGGGAUCAAGAGUCUUUAAUAGCGGAGCCCACGAGCCUAGAGAUUCAGACUUCCUAAACAGACCUGAUAUUAUGAAUGCUACUAAACUGACAAUUGUAGAAUCAAGGCUAAAACAAUCAGAGAAGAAGGAAGAGAUGUACAGAGAAAGGCUCCAGAAGAGCGAGCAGUCCCAGAUCAAUUGGGAAAGAGACUAUGAUCUGCUUGAAAAGAAGUACUUUGAAGUCAAUGAGAGAUACCAAGAUCUUUUACACAAAGAAAACGCCUAUCAUGUUGAAAAGAUCGGUACCCUGAACAAGGAAGAUGCUGGAAAAUUAGUUCUGAGAUCAGAGAGACAACAAGAGCAGAUAGUUGAUCUCCAGGCAGCAAUGUCUUCUUAUAAGAGCUUAUUUGAUGUAGCAUCUGGACAAGCUAAAACUCUGAAAUUAGCAAACAGAAGGUCUAAAGAUGAGGAAGAGAAUCUUCUGUAUGCUCUUAGAGAGUUGCAAUCUACCUCGAUUGAUAAGAACAAGAUUGGUAGAAUCUACUACAUCUUGAUGCUCAGUAGAUGGCAAGAGGCAGCUGUUGGUAUGAAAUAUGACUACACUCUAAACGAUGUCCGCACUCUCAGACAUGAAUAUGCAAUAAUAGAGGGCAGACUUUACAAUGAGCAAGAGGCAAGGCACUCUACUGAGAAGGAUCUUAGAAACAGAGCCUUAGAAGUUGAGCAUCUCAAACAAGAAAUAGAGUCUAAGGGAGCUGGAAGUAUCAGUCUGACCAGAGCCGAGGAAAUUAGCCGUGAUCUCCAAAAUAUUGCUGAAGAAAAAGCAGAUGCUGAAGAGAAAUACAUCAAAAUUUACUCCGAAAUGAGCUCGAUGGGUCAUAAAAUGGCAGAAUACGAAGCAAGGCUAGAACAUUCUGAAGAUAUGCUUGACAUGAUGAAGAACGCUACUGACUCUGAAAUCUCAGACAGAAUCAUCGAAAUGGCUGAUAAACUUCAGUUCUUGAGAAAGAAUGAACUUAAGAGUAAAAGAGAAGCUGAGGAACUGCAAGAAAGAGCUAAUUAUAGCGAAAAGAGAAUCGCUCAACAGAAGAGAGACAUUAUUGAGCUUGAAGAUCAAGUAGCUGAAAUUGAGUCUAAAUUCCACAGAAAGCAAGAAGAAUGGAUCAGGGCUGACAAUGUUAGGCAAAAGAAGUUCUUUGAUGCCCAAUUCACUAACUUUGAGACAGAAGGCAGGUACAAAGGAUAUGUUGAUGAUACUGAAGUCAGAGCAAAAUAUAGCAAAGAAGAUCUCACAACACCUCCAGUGGGCGACUUCGUUGUAAAGAAGGCAGAUGUUCGAAUUAUGCAAGCUAAGGUUAGAAACCAAGAGGAUGAAAUUUCAAACCUAAGAGCUCAGGUUAUCUCAAAGGAAAAACAACUUGAUAGGCUCAGGGAAUGGCAGAUUGAGGAUAACCUCCUCAGCGAGGAUGAAAGAAUCAAGGAUGUCAUUGAUUCAAACAAGGCUAAAGUAGAACAAAUGCAUGAGAAUGAGACAAAAGAGAUCACUCAGGCUGCUCAUAAGACCAUCAGAAUGCUUCAAGAAAUGGUUGAAAAUAAGAGUGCCCAAAUUAAGAGGAAAGAAGAUAUCAUCAAAGAUAUCCAAGAAAGAAUGAAUUUACAAAAACAAGAAGAUACUAGAGAAAUAGUGAGGCUCACUCAUGAGCUUAAUGACGCAAGAAAAGCUCAAACAGAUCUUGAGUUCCAUCCUCAUAAGACUGAGGUUAAGUUUGAGACCAGAAUGUAUGAUGCUAAGAAAAGAACCGAGCUUAUAGCUUUAUUAAAUGAGAAAGAUGGACUUAUAGCAAAACAAGAUGAUGACAUUACAGCCCUUCAAAAGAAAUUUGACUAUCUUAAGAAAGCAAAGGAUGAGGAUAACCUCUCUCGAAGAGUCAGGGACACAGAUAUGAUGACAUAUGACCAGAACAAGAACGUUGCCAGUCUUCGUAGAGAGAUUGCUACCUUGAAUAAAAAGCUACAAUCUAGGAAGAAGGUAGAAAAGGCACUCGAGAAGACCAUUGAAGACAUCACAAUAAAGCUGCAAAAAUUAGAAAAGAUGAAGGGUAUCACUUCUGAGGAUGUUAAGAUGGCUAAAUUACAGGAGAAGGAGGACCCCAGCUUAGAUGCACUCAAGAUUAAAGAGUUAGAAUCAGCACUGGAUAAGGAAAGGUCUAAACUAGUAUCUGUUAAGCAGAUCAAUAACAAUCAUAAGGCUGAUAAGAACAAGAUGAAGCAAGAAAUCCUCCUGCUUAAAGAAAGAGAGACAGAGUUACAAGAAGAAGUCACUCAAGGACUAAAGAUGAAGCAGAAAUUGGCUGAUCAAUUUGAUAGGGAAAGAGUCGAGUUUAAGAGAAAAUUACGCCAGAUCAAGAAAGGUGAAGAGGAAAGCAAGGAGGAUAAACCUUCUGGUACAAACCUCGACCUCCGAACAAUGAUGAAGCAAGUUCAAAGAGAGAAUAAGUUGCUUAAGUCGCAAGCAAAUCCUGUGAUUGCUUAUAAUAGUGAGAAUAAAGCAUUUGAGUUUAUUGGCCAACCAAAGAAGUUAAGUGAGAGUGGGCCUUGUGAAAGCGUCCAAGAUCUUGUACAUGAAAUUAAGGAAUGGCUUAAAAUUAAUAACAGGUUGACUGUUCCUGCUAUAUUCAAGACAUUUGAUUACAAUCGCUCUGGAUUUAUGGAAAAAGACCUUUUCCCCAAGGUUCUCGAAAGAUUAGGAAUCGAUCUUUAUGAGGAAGAGGUUGACCUUUUAUUCAACUGCUUAAAGAGUGAAGAGAAUGAAGACUUAGCAAGAUACAGACCCUUAGUAGUCGAGAUCACAACUGGACCGAAUCAGAUAGAAUUCAUCCCAGAAUGUACUGCCAAAAUUUCAGAAUUACUCAUCAAGAAUGAUGUUCCAUUCGACAAACUGCAGAAUGAAAUUGACAAGAAUUUCAAGAACAAGGUGACUAGAAGAGAACUUUUAGAUGGACUCGAUUCUUGCAUUCCAGAUCUUCCCAAAGCUGUGAGUGACAAAUGCUUUUCUGAAUACACUUUACAAGAGAAUGAGACUCUGAUGGACUGUCAAAAGUUUAUCAAUGAUUCUAAAGCAGGUGCAAUCGCUAAGAUGAUGAAGAAAACCAAAACUGAAGUUGAAGAGAAAGGAAGAGAGUACUCCAGAGAUGCCAGGGAGGAUAAACUUGAAGAGACUAAAGGUCUGAAUAUUGACAAUGAAUUCUCCAGACUUGACAGGGAGCAUGAUGGAGCACUUACAUUCCCACAAUUUGAUGAAUUACUGAAUGCCUAUGGCCUUGAAGAGUUUAAGACUAAUAUGAGAGUUGAGUUAAAAAAUGUCUUGAAUCCAGAUAACAACGAGGAAAUAACACUCAAUUACUUCAAGCAUAUGCUAGAUCUUCCAAGAUCUGAAGGUGCAGAUCCUCAUUUUGGUUUGAUGAUCAAAGCUAGUAAAGACGAAUUCCGUGAUAAAGAAGAUCAAGAGAUUGAAGACAAUGCUAGGGCAGCUCUUCGAAGGAUAUACCAAAAGAACAACCUGCUUGACAAACUUGGCAAGCAAGUUUCUCUAUACGACAACGAUAAGGAUGGAGUUAUCCACAGAAAUAUCUUGCGGCAGUCGAUCCAAGAGAUCACAAGAGGGGUGCAUCAUGACGAUAUAGAUUACAUCACCCAGAUGGCUGAUAAGCGGAACAAGGGGUACUUCAACCCAGAUCAUUUCAUGGAGAAUAUCACAAGGCUUGCUCAAGAGGAAGCAAAGAAAGAUGUCAUUCUGAGAAGACUUAACAAUGUCGUCAAGCAUAAAGGAAUUAAUAUACAAAAAGAGCUUACUAAGAGCAGCAAGAACAAGUCUGGCGUCAUUGAUACCUAUGACUUCAUGAGAGCUAUGCGAGAGCUCAGAAUUGGACUUGAUGGCAACGAUAUGGAAGAACUCAUCAAAUUUGCUUCAGGUGGAGAGAAAUUUAUUGACAUAAAGAAAUUUGCCAAAAUGGUAGAGGAUUCUGGCAAAUCUAAGCCUAUAACUGUUUCUGCAUUGAGGAAAAAACCUGAUGGUACUUCUAAAAGAGGAGAUUUGUCUGAGAAAGAACAAAAGAAGUUUCAUACCAAGUUGCAAUCCCUGACCAAUCAACUCUUAGAUGCAAGAAGAGAGCUUGAAAUCGCAGAAAAGAAUGCCGAAGAUUGGAAAGCUAUUGCUGAAAAGAACGAGAAAUCUCUAAAUGUUCUCUCAGAUAAACUCAUGGAUCCUAAAGAGAAGCUCAAGCGGAUGGAUGGCAUCAAAGGAGGUCCAGCCAGUGCCAAGACACUUAAACAGCAGCUCAAGCAGCAGGAAAGGAUCCUUGAUUUGGGUAGACAACUUGAAUACUUAGCCAACAAGAAUGAAGAGCUUGAAAAGUUCAUCGAGGUUGAUUCUAAAGUCAGGAUCAGUGAGUGUGAGAAUGAAGCUAAAAAUGCUAAGAAGCAUAUGAGCUCUGUCAAAUCUGAAAAUAUUUCCCUCCAGUCCCAGAUCGAUAAACUUGCUAAUGCUAAGACAGAAUUUGAGAUCAAUGAAGAAGCUGAGUAUGCUAAACAAAUGAAUAUCAAGAAUAUGGAAGAGAGAAUCAGAGAGCUCGAAAAGAACGAAGCUCUCCUUAAUGAAGAAAUCCUGAAGAGUGAGCAUAAGUACCUAGACAUGAAAUUCGAACGAGAGAAUCAUAACCUCAAACUACAGAGAUUGAAUGAGAAGAUUAGCGACCUGGAGGACUACAUUGACUUGUACUCACAACUCCCACCAGAAAUGCAAGAGAAAGCUAAAGCGAAGGGUAAAGGAUUUGAUUUAGAAAAAGAACUUGCCUCGAUUCCUGGAAAGUCAAAGAGAUCAGCUCCCGAGCUUGAAAGGGUCAUAGAGGGUCUCAAGAGGGUUAUCAACUCACAGAAGACAGAAUUAGAGAAACUCAAGAAAGAAUCCAAAUUCAAGAAAGAUAAGAAUCCAACAAGCAGAGGAAUGAAGGAUGAAAUCGCCAAUCUUGAGAAAGAGCUUCAAACCCUUUCUCAGAAGGAAGAAGAGAUUGAGGAUUUCAAGUUUAGAACUGAAAAAUUAGAGCAUGCAAACAAGGCACUUAUGAAUGAUGUCAAAAAUGAGCAAAAGAGAUACGAGUUCCUUGAGUCGAAGUACAAACAGCUGCUCUUGAAAUACAAUGUCACCUUCAAAGACCUAGAGAAGAAGCAAGAUUCUGUAUUUACUCUAUCAACUGGAGCCAACAGGGCCACUUAUCAAGAGUAUCUUUCCCAAAAGUCAAAGAAUCAGAAAUAA